AACCGAAGUGACUGGAAGAGAGAGAGAGAGAGAGGGAGAAGAGAGGAACAGAGGGUCGAGGGAUUCAGUAGUGUGGCGAACAUCAGAGGGGGAGGGUGUGUGUGAUCUCGUCUCCUCCCGCAUGUGAAGACCAGACCGCCCUCGCGUGUGUGUGUAUGCGUGUGUGUGUGUAUCCUUACCGCGAGUAUGAGCGUGGAUUCAUGGCCGCGGGAAGACGCCUGUGACCUCCUGUGACCUCGUGUGACCUCAUGUCUGAUGGGGAGCUAAGGUCAAGUGGGGUCAUUUGCACAAGAUUUAACUUCAAGAGACGGGAAUGUAUUUGAUGUGUGGGCGGGCCGCGAGGUGAGGCCGCCCCCGCCAUGACCCGGCUGUGGGUGGCGCCCCUGUUGUGGGUGGUGGUGGGGGUCGCGGGCGGGGGCGGGCUAGUGGUCGCGGGGGAGCUGGUGACGGGCACGGCCUGCCCCACGUGGGAGGAGAACCCGUGGUGCCCUUGCUACCACUUCGAUGACGGUGUGUUCCUGGAGUGCCCCAUGGUGUCCCUGGCCACGGUGGGCAAGGUGCUGGGCCUUGUGCACCGCCCCGUCAAGUCCCUCAGCAUCUACGACCUGGACACCAACAUCACCUCGCUCCCCGCGGGCGUGUUCAGCCGCAGCGCGGGUGUCACCAGCCUGCAGAUCUCCCAGUCCAGCCUGCAGGACAUCGCGGAGGGCAGCUUCCGCGGUCUGGAGGAGUCACUGCAGAGUCUCACCAUUAUGCACAGCCGCCUCAAGAACGUGCCGCACGCCGCGCUGCAGCGCCACAAGCGCCUGCGCGCGCUGGACCUGGAGGCCAACAACAUCACGGAGCUGCAGAGCUACAGCUUCUUCAACAUGCAGCUCGUGACGCUCAACCUGAAGGGCAACGGCAUCCGCCUCAUCUCUGAGUACGCCUUCAACGGCUUGGAAGAUAGCCUGGAGGAGCUGAACUUGAUGAACAACAAGCUGAAGCAGCUGCCCAUCCCCGCGCUGCGCCGCCUCGCCAAACUGCAGACGCUGAAGGCCACCUACAACACCAUCUCAGACGUGGCCAGCGACGGCUUCUCGCGGCUGCCGGCUCUGCGCGCGCUGGACCUGAGCAGUAACCGCUUCACGGAGCUGAGCAGCGACACGCUGGCCACCAUGCCGGCGCUGGUGUCGCUGCUGCUGUACAUGAACCACAUCUCGCGCAUCGCGCCGGACACCUUCGUCAACAACGGGGACCUGCAGUCCCUGUACCUGAGCCACAACCAGCUGCUGCAGCUGUCACCGCAGACCUUCUCCUACACACCGGCCAUCAGGUUCAUCGACCUGGCGGACAACCACCUGCACUCCAUCGGAGACGGCCUCUUCGCCAACCUGCCGGAGCUGCAGGAGCUGUUCCUGUACAACAACAACCUGCUCAGGCUGCACAACAACACCUUCGCCAACUCCACCAAGCUGUCCGUGCUGUACCUGCAGAACAACGAGCUGCACACCAUCGAGGCGGGCGCCUUCGCCACCACAGAGUUGCUCUUCAACCUGCAGCUCAGCUCAAACAACCUGCAGCGCAUCCCGCCGGGCCUGUUCUCUGCCACGCGCAGCCUCAGCUCGCUCAGCCUGGACGACAACAAGCUGCGCGAGCUGCCCGAGGGGCUGUUCCGCCACCUUGGGGAGCUGCGGGAGCUGCGGCUGCAGGGCAACAGGCUGGGGAGCGUGUCCCGGGGCGUGUUCUCGCCGCUGCCCAACCUGCUGGAGCUGCACCUGCAGGACAACAGCAUCCGGCACAUCGCCAAGGAGGCCUUCUCUUCCCUCGAGAACCUGCAGCACCUCAACCUCGAGAACAACCAGGUGGCGGAGCUGCCCGACGCUCUCAGCCGCUAUCCCGCCAACCUCAUCACACUCAAGCUGUCCAGGAACCAGAUCCGCACCAUCCACGCCGACGCCUUCCGCGGCCAGAACAAGCUGGAGAUCUUCUGGAUCAACGACAACAACCUCACCACCAUCUACAACGUGCUGUUCAGCGACCUGUCGUCCCUGCAGGAGCUGUACCUGGAGAACAACAGGAUCGACACCAUCCAGGACCGCAGCUUCAAGAACAUGAAGAAGCUGAAGCGCCUCGACCUGUCCGGCAACCAGCUGCAGCACGUCAGCUCGCCGCUGUUCGAGGGGCUGCGCGCCCUGGAGCGCCUGCACCUGGCGCACAACCGCAUCAUGGACGUGGAGCCGCAGACCUUCCAGCGGCUGAAGCGGCUCGUGGAGCUAGACUUGUCUUACAAUGAGAUCUUCGUGGUGCGGCGCUACAUGUUCGAGGGCACCAUCCCCCUGGCGCGCCUGCUGCUGCGCGGCUCCAUGAUCACAGACAUUGACCCUGACGCCUUCACGGACCUGCUUUACCUGGAGGAGCUGGACCUCAGCACCAACAGACUCAAGCACCUCAACCGCUUCUUCCUCAACGUGCGCAGCAUCAAGCGGCUGAGCGUGGCCGACAAUCAGCUGGACAACAUCGAGGAGGACGCGCUGUACGGUCUGCCCAGCCUGGAGACCCUCGACCUGAGUGGCUGCGGCUUGCACCAGCUGCCGCCACACCUGCUGGCCGAGGCCUCCGAGCUGCGCGUGCUGCACCUGGCCAGGAACCGCUUCAGGGGCCUCACGGCGGCGCUCUUCCAGAAGAUGAAGGGCCUGCGGGAGGUGGACCUGGCCCACAACAACUUGACCAGCCGCGUGCUGGCGUCCCUGCAGGGCCUCACCAAGCUGGAGGUGCUCAACCUCAACGGCAACCCCCUGGAGGAGCUGACGGGCUCCCUCAACGACCUGGACGGCCUACGCGAGGUGCUGCUGGCGGAUACGCGUCUGUGGAGGAUGGAGAACACGGUGUUCGGGCGCCUCAAGCACCUGCGGCGGCUGGACCUGUCCGGCAACCAGCUGCGCACGCUGCCGCCGGGCAUCUUUGCUAACUUGAGCGUGGAGCGCCUCAGCCUGGCGGACAACGCCUUCAUGCAGAUCCCCAACGCCAUGUUCGUGGACGGCAUGCCCGCCUUGCAGACCCUCAACAUGUCCGGUAACCCGCUGCGGCGCGUGACGGGCCCCCUGGUGGCAGGCGGGCCGCCCCUCGCCAUGCUGGAGGAGCUGGAGGCCGUCAGGACCAACCUGACACUGCUCACCAGCAACGAUUUGCUGCUGACGCCCAACCUGCGCAGACUGCACCUCGCCCACGCCGCCAUCGCCAAAAUCUCGCCGGGCUGCUUCAGGAACCUCACCUACCUCACGCACCUCAACCUGGCCUUCAACCACCUGGAGCUGCUGCCGCGCGAGAGACUGCGCGGCCUCAAGUCCCUCGCGCACCUCAACCUCACCGGCAACAUCCUCAAGAAGCUGGACCAGCUGCCCUCCGGCUCCCAGGCGCUCAAGGUACUAGACGCCUCGGCCAACAUGCUGACGGGGCUGGAGGAGGCCACCUUCAAACACAGCACGGGGAUCGAGAGACUGCUGCUGGCCUCUAACUGGCUGGCGACCAUCCACCCUCGUGCCCUCGCUCCCUUGACAACCCUUCAACACCUCGACCUGUCUGAUAAUUACCUGGAGCGGCUCGGAACGGCGGUGUUGCGGCCCGUGGAGAGAAGCGUGGUGUCCCUGCGUCUCGGCGAUAACCCGUGGAAUUGUGGGUGUGAGGUGCAGGAGGUUUGGGCGUGGCUGCAGGAUCACCUCUCCCGUGUGCCGGACCCUUCGGCCCUCACCUGUGCGCAGCCUAAGGCGCUGAACGGGCGCGCCUUCCUGCUGCUGCCGUCGUCAGCGUUCUGUCCCCAGCCGGUGGUGCUGCGCCUCGCCAUUCAGGACAUCCAGAGCCAGUCGCUGCUCGUGUCCUGGCAGGCCACCAACUCCUCUGCCGUGUACGGGUUCAAGGUUUCGUAUCAGCGGACAGCAGGGGACGGCAGGGUGUUAGGCAGCCUGAACACCAAGAACCUGCCGCUCCCCCGCACACACCAGCUCGAGGGCCUCCUGCCGGGGUCCAGCUACCUCGUUUGUGUGCAGGGCCUCACCACCGCCUCCCGCCCCGUCAGCCGAGCGCGUCCCCACACCUACCUGGACGCUCCCACGCAGCCCACGCAGCCCCAGGACCUGGACACGAAAUGCACGCGCGUCAAGACCCUGGAGCAGCCGCAGGCCCAGGUGGUGCUGAACAACCGCCUGGCCAUCAUCAUCGGCGUGUCCCUGGGCAUCUUUAUCUUCAUCAUCACGGGCACCAUCGUCUGCUGCUGCCAGGUGUGCAAGAACAGGCGGGAACAGGACAAGCCGGAGCCGCCCCCAGCCAAGGACUUUCUCUCCUACAGGCACUUCUCGCUUCCAGGCAACGAUGCGAACUCCUACGAGGGAUACACUGCUUGUUAAGGAUUGCAGGAUAAGCCAGUUUCUCUCCCUUUAAGGACUCCUGCGAAGGAUGUGCGACUUGUUACGGAGUGCAGGAGUAGGAUAAGGCAGUCUCUCUUCCUUCAAGGACUCCUACGAAGGAUACACUGCUUGUUAAGGAUUCCAGGAGUAGGAUAAGCCAGUUUCUCUCCCUUCAAGGACUCCUGCGAAGGAUAUACAGCUUGUUACGGAGUGCAGAAGUAGGAUAAGGCAGUCUCUCUCCCUUCAAGGACUCCUGCCAAGGAUACACGACUUGUUAAGGAUCCCAGGAGUAGGAUAAGCCAGUUUCUCUCAUGAAGGACUCUUCCGCUAAGGACUUCUUAUCCUACAGACACUUCUCGCUUCCUCGUAAACUCCUUCGAAGGAUAUACGGCGUGUAAAAGAUUCCAGGUUUAGGAUCAGCCAGUCUCUCUCUCUUGAAGGACUCCUAUGAAGGAUUCACGGCAAGGGUUGGAAGGACACGAAGGGUAGACAGGCAGUAGGAUUGUAGGAGCUUGAAAGGACACUGAAAUACGAAAGAUUCACGGCUUGUUAAGGAUUGGGAGAGUAGGAUAAGUCAGUCUCCCCUCUUCAAGGACUCUAUGAAGGAUACACUAAAGAAUAUGAAGGAUGGGCAAGCGUAGGAUUGAAGGAGUAGAAAAGACACUUACUCCUUUUUAAUCCUAUCGUGGUAAUGAUGAAGGAUUGAAGGAAGGGAAGUAUAGGAUAGACAAAA